AUGGUGACCGUGCAGGGACUGUUCGUGGUCGUCCAGACACUGUACUUGUCGGCCGUAUCGAAGCCGUUUGUGGUGGUGGAAAUGAGAGUUGUAGUGGCGCGGGACCAGCAGGCCGAUUCGGUGAUGGUCGUGGUCGGCGCUGUGGUCGAGAUGCUGCCCAAAGUCGAUACGAGCCGUACGGUGGUAGCUGUGUCCAUAUGUUGCACGAUACUAGUGUCCUUGUUCGUGGUGGAGAUGCAAAUUUUGAGUUGGUCUCUCGGGAAGGCUUUGGUUCUCGUGGAGGUCGUGGUUCUCGUGGAGGUCGUGGUUCUCGUGGAGGUCGUGGUUCUCGUGGAGGUCGUGGUUCUCGUGGAGGUCGUGGUUCUCGUGGAGGCCGUGGUUCUCGUGGCGGUCGUGGCGGUUGUGGUUCUAGUGGCGAGCGUGGUUCUCGUGGCGAGCGUGGUUCUCGUGGCGGGCGUGAUUCACGAGGAGGUCGUGGUUCUCGGGGAGGCCGGACUGGGCGUGGCGGUAAUACAAUCACACAUCCUUCUAGUGUCUCAGGUGCUUCCACAGAACCAGCUGGUGCGACAGAUCGAAGUAUCAGUGAUCUCGUAA